GAGGGGCUCUUAUCGAAGUCCACCCACCUGUCUUUGGUCUAGCUGCUUGCCUCAGUUUUCUGUAUUCAGUCAGUCUCUAGUGGUUAUUACCUUAUCCAGAAGGUUUCCUCUCUCUCUGUCUCUGCUUUCUCUACUAAAACAGUCUUAUCACUUUGGUCAGCUGGCUGAAGCCUGCCACGAUAUCUUGAUGGAACAUUCUGCACGCUCAUGCUCUCACCUGCCACGACUUGUCAUUAAGGGAGAAAAGAAACACCUGGACAUGUGGCUUCUGACAUUGUUGAUCUUGGCAUCUGCCUUAGUGUAAUGAGGGCUCCACCAACCCCUACAUCCUCGCCCGUUCCACGGGGUAUUAAUUUACAGUCUGCAUAGUCAGCCUCACAGCUGGCUAGACACUUCUUAACGUCUCUGGCUCUGACAAAUCAAUUGCUACCUUGAUCCUGGUUAUCCUCCACCAGGCUUGGAGCAAACAAGGACCUGACCUGUAUUUUACCAGUUUUUCUGACCUAUUAUCUGGAUAGUUGCACCUCACUAUCCUGCUGUAUCUGGGAGGGAUAAAGAAAAAAAAAAAAGAAAAAUCCAAACUUUGACUUCUUCCUGCCCUUAUAGUCCAGUCUCUACGGUACCUCUUCUCAGACCUGCUAUUAAGGUCUUUCUAGGCUGCCAUGCAGCAGUUUCAGGUUACCUGAGAGCUGCUUGUUUGGGUUUUCUUCUCUGUCAGCUCCCUCAACAGAGAUGUCUCUGAAAACCCUUCCUGAUCACUCCCUGUGUGCCUUCAGUUGUCCCUGCCACCCCUCUGGCUGAGUCAGGAACUUCCAGUUCUGGGCGUGUCUCUCUUGUGUGCUCCGGGUCCCUUUUUAUAUUGGAGCUCGUGUUUCCUCUGCUUCCACUCUGAAAACACAGGAAGAAGAAAGAUCCCUGCAAGGCUCUUUGCAGCCUCAGGGCUGGAGCGGCUGCUUGCAAAUCUGGUUUGGAUAUAUCAGCUGGGCCUGGCUUGCACUGUGCCAUCUGUCUUCCUCUCUACGGCAGGUGCUGAUAGAAUGAACACACUGAGGCGUGAGCACAAAAGAGCUGGACCCCACAUCUAGUAGUCAUGCUCCAGAAAAGACUGUGGUUCUUUCGCAGGUGGUGCCGUUGUUCUAACCCCCUUGUCCAGCUUCUCACAUUGACUGUGGUGACAUUUGGUGUGCUGGCUCCUUUGGCUUGUCAUCGGCUGAUCCAUUCCUAUUUCUUUUUACGACGCUGGCACCUGAACCCCGUGAGCCAAGAAUUCCUGAAGCAGAACCAGGAGGAGGGUCAAGCUGCCCUCCAUUACUUUGAGGCCCUGCAGGCUCCAAACUCCUCAGAGAUUUCAGGUGCCGAGGCCCUCAGGCCACGCCUGCUGGUCACCAUCAUCACUGUGCAGAGACGGAAUGAAUUCCAUUACGUCCUGCAAGUGGCAUCCCACUUCCACCGCCUCCUCCAGAAGUGCGGGUCUGGCUGCCAGAACUACCGGAUCUUCCUCUGUAAUGUGGAUAUGGACCCCAGCAGCCACCAGGAUGUCCAGCUGCUGAGCAACUUCUUCACCACAGUCAACCACUACAGAAAUGGGGAGGACCCUGAGGCCUCAGUAAACCAAUUUGAAAAGGAGAAGCGGGACUAUGCCUUCUGCCUGGAGCAGUCAUUGCUGGCCUACAAACCAGAAUAUGUCCUUCUGGUGGAAGAUGAUGCUGUUCCAGAGGAGGAUAUAUUCCCUGUCCUGCAGCACCUCCUGCUGGUACGACUCCCAAAGCCACACGUCAGAGAUGCUCUCUACUUGAAACUUUACCACCCUGAGAGACUUCAGCACUACAUCAACCCAGAGCCCAUGAGGAUCCUGGAGUGGUUUGGGAUGGGCAUGCUUCUUGGUCCCCUGCUGAGCUUCAUGUACUCCUGGGCAUUUGGCCGCCCAGCUGUUAGCUGGCUCAUUAUCUUCUUUUUUUUCUUGUACACUAUGGCAUUGGCUGAGUUGGUGGGGCGCCACUAUCUGCUAGAGCUGCGCCGGCUAUCUCCUGCCCUCUACAACCUAGUGCCUGUCACUGAGUGCUGCACACCAGCCAUGCUGUUCUCUGCCCCAUCUGCCCAUCGUGCCUUACGCUACCUGAAGGAACUGUACUGCCACCAGGGCUUUGCCAAGGACAUUGCUCUCUACUCCCUGCUGCGCCCCCAGGGUGAGAGGGCCUAUGUAGUGGAGCCAAACUUGGUCAGACAUGUGGGGAUGUUUUCCAGCCUUAGGCUAAAUAACAACCCAAAGCUGCUGUGACCCACUGAAAAAUGCCUUUAAGGCUGCAACCUACACAAAGCCUUGUUAUUUGCCAGAGAUACUAUAUGUGAUGCUGGCUUUUGUGCCAGUUACAAGACUACUCAGAACUACCUGUGCCUCCUUAUGGAAGGAAAGUAUUUUCUUUUUUAAGAAAGUUUACUUAAAUAUAAACAAAUCUAUUUAAACUUUUCAAUGGUUACCUUAGAAUUGAGAGGAAGGAAGGGAAAGGCCCUCAGGGAAAGCGUGGAUAGUUUUGCUCCUCUCUAGGACCUCAUCCAGCCCAUUAAAACACCACACCCUCCUCAUUCAUACCUCCAAAGGUGGUGGGAAUGUCUGCUUCAUACAUGAGAGAGAGCAGAUUCUCCACAUAGGCCUUUAUCCUUCAACUGGAGGAGCCCAGGGCAGCUUUGUCAUUAAUUUAAGUGGGGGAAAACCCAUAAAACUGGGCUUUGAUGUGCUGCCACCUGUUUUCCUUUGGCAUGGAUUUUACAUGCUGGUCCAGUUUGCUUCAGUGGGAGGCUGCAGCAUGAUCAUGCUUUGAUGCCUCAUUUCAUGGCAAGAGAAGUAAAGGAAAGAUGCAGCAGGGCAUCACUGCACCAUUAUUUAGUCUCAUGGUGCAGUUAGAUAUAGGUAACAGCCGCAGCUGAGAGAUCCAGGAACAGCUGGGUGCAGUCAUAAGAGCAAACUUCCACAAUGCAUCACAUUUAAAGGGCCACAAUUGAAUUGACCUGUUAAUUUGCUGUAAUAUGCUGAUCCACCCAAUGGUGAGGGGGUGGAUGGUUGCCAGAAAGCAGCUGCUUUCUAGCAGAGCUGUGCAUUAUAUAUUCAAUUAAGAACUAAAAACACACUAGAAUUAGGAUCCUGGAGAUUGGUUAGUAAUCCAGACUGGUUACAGAGGAUUUUGCACUAGCCUACUGCAAAGUCCACAAAAAUUAAUGGUGUCUUUUUAUUGGACUUCAUUGGACUUUACAUCAGGGCUGUAUGAGUAAACUUGGGUCCAGCUGUGAAUGGAAUUUGGCUGAACUGUAGUAUCAUCUUGAAAUUAUGUGCAAAACCUCAAUUUUCCUGAUUUCCUCAGUGGGACAUAUUUUGGAGGGAGGAAGCAGAGAGGAAUUCCAAUGUAAGUUCUUUUUCUACUCUGUUUGAACCUGAAGCUUAUAAACAAAAGAGACCGGGCAUGAGCCAAUAUGGAAUGAAACCAAGGAAAAACUACAGCUCCAGUUGCCAGUCCAUGAUGCUUAUUUGAUCUGUAAUGUAUAAGGAUAACACAAUUAGUCAGAGGAGGUCACUGUGGGUCCUGGCAGAUGUUACAAGUAUGGUGCAACUAAUGUGCUAAUCAUACCAUAAAUGAAAGCAUGUCACACGUUCAGCCAGUUUAUGAUACCACAAAAUGACAAACCAGCCACAAAGAUGUUUUACGUGCAGAUUGUCAGCAAGGGGACCAGAACAGCCGGAAUUGGAUUUGGGCUGUCCAGGGAGUUCUGCAAAUGCCAGGUAGGCGGACUGACUCACCACACCUGGCACUAGCAGAGCCACGUGCCUGGCAGACUAAUUCAGAGCUACACUGUGUGUGGCUUUCAACUGGCCACUGCACCUAGAGCCAGGGAUUGGGAUACUAGGUUCCACAUGUGCCAGCAAAUUUAAAGAGCACCAUUGACUGCAUCAGCACCACAUGAUUGGGAUCCAAUCCCUGAUCACCACAAUUGCAUGUCCUGCAGUGCACAGGUGGCAUGGCUAGAUGCACAAUUGUUGGGAUCUGGGAUCAGGUUCCAGUGUACUAUUAAACUAAUUUCAGUCAGGGGCCUAGAACAUGGAGCAAUGCCAGCUCAGGCAAACAUGCUUUUCAAUAGAGGAUGCAUCAGAAACAAAGCAAACAAAAACAAUAUAAAUACCACGUGAAAGUCCCAAAGAUCCCAUACAGUGAUCAUGCAGCCUCUACCCAGAAGGGUGGUAAAAUCCUGUGUAACUCUGGAAUUUGGGUGUCAUUGUAAGUAUGUUUCACUAAGUGCCUGGGUGUGCAAUCAGACAUAUGACCAUCUAUGCUGCCUCAAGUCUUGAAUAUUUCAUAAGUGGGGUAUUUUCUUCCUUGUACUGUAUAAAUCCAGAACACACUAUUGUACUUUGAGGGUUUAAUUCAUGCUUGCGCUUGCAAAGAAAACCCCACAGGGUAUAAAAGUGCCAGAUAAUAAAAAGGAACCAAAUGCCAA